GUUCAUUGUGAAUCGCGAAAUACUGGUGACAGCGCUUGGUAUCUAUGGCUUAGUACAGAAUGAUACGAAUGCUGAGGGCAGCGAAUGGGAAACGACCGUUGAUGUUGAGGUGGCAGCUUCUGGUCAAACAAAGGCAACUGAUUUUGCAUCUGCAACGCUAAAAGGUACAUAUGGCGAUGGACGCGCAUUCAUUGCACAUUUUAAAAAACCUGCACGAGUUGUAGCAAAUGUACCGUAUAGAGCAACGGUGAUAUUCAAGGAAGAAGUUGAAACAUUUGCUGGAGGCAAUGGUCAAGAAGAUAUCCUUGUUUAUGUUGGAUCCGGUGGCGCAGUUGAACAAAACUAUACUGGUACCACUCCAGCAGUUGACCAGUCUUCCGUGGCAGUGUUCGCUUUUCAUAACGAUGAUCCAAAUGGUAUACGUCGAGGUAUGACACGUGGCCCUGCUGUGUACACUGAUGCUAUCGGAGGUUUUUACAAUCGUCCUAUCAAUAAUGUAGCACCAGUAUAUUCCGAAGGAUGCCUUUACGAAGGACAAAUUCCAGAGAUUCAUUUUAUGGCACCAAUGGAAGUGAAAAAAGAAAUUUCAGAUAUUUGA